CCCAGGUCGAGGUAGGUUCCACGCCCCAAGAGCUUCUGGAAGAGGCGACCAACAUGCUGGGUCUGGAGGAGGAGCUGUCCUCGACGGCGUCCACUUCCGCCUCCGUCCUGCAAAUCUCCUCCGUCGUCUAUUUGGACUGCGUCUCCGACCAACACCAGGCGACAUACAAGUUGGAAGUGAGGGCACCACGGAGUCAGAAGUCCUACUCUCGUCUUUUUACUGUAGUUAUCGUAGGUGACGAAAGCGAGACACUGGAGGAAGGCCCCACGUGCCGCCUAGGCGCCCUCGUCAAUGCUCUGCCUCGCAUCUACCAACACUCUCCCGCGGCCAUGGGCCAUGUUGGGGACUCCGUGACAUUGCCUUGCCGCUCGCAGGGCCACAACGUCACUCGAGAGUGGUUCCUCAACGAUGAGAGGAUUUCUGGCGACGUCAGCUAUCAGAUCUCAGGGAUCGGCGACCUGAUUGUGCGACGGCUGAGUGCACAGGGUCGCACACGGUACACAUGCAGGGUGACCAGCAUGCGGUUCUCUGCCCUUAAUGGUGACUAUGUAAUGACUAGCAACUUGCACUUGAAGGCGAUGGUGAAGACCCACUUCGAAGCUGACCUCUCUGGAUUACUCCCGUGUAUUAUGAAUGAUGUUGUACCUUUAUCUUUACUUUAUCAGAUUAGUUAUGUGGCUGAAUUUGCCCUGGAAAUCCAAGGAUCUUAA